UUAACUCCUCUUGGACUAAGGAUGGUCAGGUUCCAACUGCUGAUAACGUGAAGUUAUUGAAUAACAGUCUCAUUGUCACACCACGGGAUGCACAAGAUUAUGGGGAUUAUAUGUGCCACGCUACAAACACCUUUGGGUCAACAAUGUACAAAAUCACUCUGGUUGCUCCUACAGACACACAAAGCAUCUUACUUGCCGGUAUCAUCGCAUUGUCUUUUAUUGUGUUCGUGUUGCUCAUUAUAAUUUGUGGGCUGAUAUGGCAGCGAAGACGAGCUGUUCCUAAUAAAACAAUACAGAGUAAUGAAGAAAUUGACUUUGAUGGCGUCAAAUCUUCACCUUAUCAACUGUCAAGUAACGAACAAGCUUCAGACCCAAACACAUAUAUGGAACUCAAACCCAGGCCUUCGAACCAGGAGUCUCAUGUUCCUUCUGAGUAUCAGUCGUUACAGGAAAAACCCGAGAGUCCCGGAUAUUACAAUAUGGGGCUUCAGAGGGAAAGUGGCGAGAAACAAAAUGAAGAAGUUUAUGAGGAAAUACAAUAAUUGCAAAACUGAUUUUGUAAACUUUGAGCUCAGAUUGUCCAUCCUGUUUAAAUUGAUAAGCUUAAUUAUAUACUCAUUCUCUAUGUAUAAUCUCAUG